AUGAGGCUCGACGCAGCAGCAGCAGCGGCAGUAGCAGCAGCAGCCCUGGCGCUUCUCAAUGGCUGCCCUGCUAACAGCGCAGGCCCCCCGUCUUCGUGGAAUGUUUGGGGCGUCCAGCGACCAAGAGGUCAACCAGGCAUGGUGCCUCCUGGGGGCGCAGGAGGUUGGUGGCAGGGAUUGCCACCUCCUCAGCAGCAGAACGGCGGCGCCGUUCCGAUGCCGCCUAUGCAGCCGAUACAGAAACCGCAGGUGCCGCUACAGCAGCCCCCUAUGGUUACAGGUGGUGCAGUAAACACCGCUCCGUCGCUGCUGGGGACGGGGUUGGUGCAGCAGCGGGCGAGAGUGCAACAGGCCGGGCUUUCUCAGCACGACUCUCAUUCUUCUUCUGGCGUUCCUGUUGGUGCAAAUGCUGCGGCAGGACUUUGGAAGACCUCUAAUACAGGCAGAGCACUGUAUGAGCUGCUGAAGGAAGUGAGGAAAUGCUUCGGUUAUGCACCAGGAGGCGGCAGCUGGGGCUCCAACGAAGCUUUUGGGCCUGUGGAGAACCUGACGAAGGCCUUCACAGGCCUGAGCAGACUCCUUCAGGAUGUUAUUGACUUCUGUGACACCGAAAACAUGCAGAAGGGUCUGCAUGACGAGUUCGGGCAGCAUAUGCAUACACCGCAAGCGCAUGGCUACGGCGCUGCAGGGGCUGCUUCCAAGUUCCCCGUAGAAGCAUUUGUUGAGCAAGCAAGCGAUUACGCACGUCGUACAACCACGCAAAUGCGUGCUUUAUUGCAUUUGCUGGAGUCAGUGUGGGAGGGCUCACCCACAAGGAUUAGCGUGUCACGAGACGUGCAGAAGUUUAAUACGGUCGUCGCAGACUGCAAGGAGGUGUAUCAGUUGGGUUCUCAGGUUGUUAGCGCUGCAGUCGGGGCUGUACUUCCGUACUUAUCCACUUGUUCUUUUUUCUCAAAGAACGGACCACACGGAGCGUACAGACUAUGGUCAUUGGUGGGCGCGCGUAUAGGCUCGGCGCUUCGUUACAUUUUUCAAUGCGUUGAAGUUUUACGGAAGACUUCAACUCGGAUGGUUGAUUUGGUUUCAGGAAAGAUUCAGACGCAGUCUUUAAUGGAUUUUGCUCGGUCGAAACCCUUUUUCAGAGCAGCUGCUUACCUAGAGAGCGCAGAGGCCAGGUCAGCUUCAUCGGUAAACUACUUGGGUGAACUCGUCACAGCUUUCCAAAGCCACACAGCCAGCUUCACCACGUUUCCACAACAUACAAACGAUGGCUCCCACCACCAUCAUCUGUCGUUUACUGAUGAAGAUGAUCAGCAAACGCUGAAUGACGAUGACGGGCAGGCAGAGUUCUCACUUAUGGCGGAAGACAUUGGCGACCUUCCGCCGCAGCAGGAGCAAGGUGGUAUUGGUGCACCGUCAGAUGAUGAUUACGGUAGAGAGGAGUUGCAGACGUCAAUGGACGAACCGCGUUUCCCCUGGAGUAGUGGCCCUGAUGCUCAGGAAGAUCUCUCGAACGAAAUGCAAACCAUUGAAGGCGGCAGUGAAUAA